UCGACAGUCACAUGAAGCGCCACCUACUUGAUGCUCAAGCCUUGUGUAUAAUGCGAAAAAAUGUUUGUUGUAUGUUACCCGUAUUAGAUAAUUUAUUCCAAUUAUUUAAGAACUACAGUGAUUUUACGCAGUCAAUAAUAAAACAUAUAUUUAUAUGGACCAUACCAACUUAAAUGUCUGUUCAGUGAGUGAGUACAGUAAGCAAAUGACGCACUUGAAGACUUCGAGAUAGGUAAAAUGCCGACGAGCAUUUAAAGUCUGCGACCUGAUGCGUUGGAAACUGUUGGGUAAUGGAUAGCACGGAAAAAACCAAGAGUAAUACGAGUACCAAUAAAUCGACGAGCGACACCGAUACAACAAUGAAUUCGGAAAACGAAACGAAAGAAUCGCCGUUAAGUGUGAACGGCCGUAACGUCGAUGAAGCCAAGCAACACGCUAACAAUACCAAAACUGGCGAAGGAAAUGCCAGUGAUCCACCGGAGUCUCAAACAGUUACUGAACCUGAGAAAAAGGCAGAUGAACCUCAAGCAAAGUCGAGUGACCCCAAUUCUGCAGAUGUCCCUAAAGAGAGAACGAUGAGAACAAGGAAAAGAAAAGCAAGCGAAAUGAAGACACUUGAUGAUUCUGAAGAAGCCAGUAAGGAGAAAAAGGUGAAUAAUGAAACUGCUGUUACUGAGAAUAAUGUAACUGAAAAGCCUGAUGCUCAAACAGAAAAACAAGAAGCUGAUGCUGUUAAGGAAAAAGUGCAACAGCCAAAAAGUACCAGCACGGUAGAAACUGAUAAAGCAGAAAGUACAGAGUCUGAGUUUGGUAUAAAUGAUGAUAUUAACUUACCUCCCAAACAAACUCUGGGUAAAGGAAAAAGAGCACGAAUUCCAAACAAAAGAUACAGUGAUAUUUUGCUUUCACCACAACACAGGACAAAAACUGAAAAUGGAUCUGAUAAUGAGUCUGUUACAAGUGUUACACAAGAAGUUGUAACACCAACUCCACCACCUGUUAAAAGUUCUAGGACAUCAACUAGUAGUCCCAUUCAAGCAUAUAAAAAGACUAGAGCUCCCACAGACAUUACAAACCCCAAUUUUUUGAAACCAUUUAAGUACGGAUGGAAGAGAGAGUUGGUUUGGAGAGCAACUUUUGAUUCCAAUCAGAAGCGUAAUGGGGAUAUUUAUUACUACACUCCUACUGGAAAAAAAGUAAGGUCGAUGAGGGAGGUGUCAGAAAAUUUAAAAAAUAAAGAACUGACACUUGAUGAUUUCACAUUCACCAAAGAACCAAUUGGUCUCAAUGAUCCUGAAAAAGAAAUCAUUCGUGACGCAAAAUACAAAGCGGGAUCUGGAAUGGCAAAGAAAGUGUUGUCAAAGAAAGCACCUGCCCCCAAGGCUAAGGUUGCUAGUCCAAAAUUAGCCAGCCCUAAAGUUUCUAGUCCCAAACCCAGUUCAACCCCAGCAACCACCUCUACUGAAACAGCAGAAUCACCCAAGAAAGGAAAAGACAAGAACCUAGGAAACUUUAAGAUAAAACUGCCUGCCAAAAAGGCAGAGAAACGGAAAUCAGAAGAGGAUGUAGAGUCUGAACCUCCACCAGCAAAACAGAAUACCUCCACAACAUCCACCAGGCGAACUAGCAAAUGGGCCAACAAUUUUGACAGUGAGAAACCGUGUCAACCUUGUUCGAUACGAUGUCCGGGCGUGCCAGGAAUGGUGCCGACACUCCAGUGCCGACACUGUCUUUGUCUGUACCAUCACGAAUGUGUGGGCGCUCCGCCCCAUAUGGCACUCACAUACGUAUGCAAGAAUUGUCAUCUUGAUGGUCAAAGUCCGAAUCUAUCAACACCAAACCCUCAACCUUUAACGCCCACAAAUUCUCUUAAAACUGCCCAGUCGUCUACUCCGCCUAAAACGCCACGGAUUCCCCGAGGAGACGACGAGAAUGUUGAAAUGUCAAAUUUCAUUUCUCGUCCGGAAAUAAUGCCGAAUAUAUCCGAAACAUCUAAAUCUCUUGUGGGAUCAGUGACAACUUGGUUGCCGCAUAAUUCCAAAAUAAUUGAUAAUUUCCCACGAAAUAAUGGCGAGUCUCAGGACACGUUGAAACCGCAAUAUUUAGAAAUUAUAGCCGGUAGAAAGUUUCUGGUGAUUCCCAAACACAAUUUUAUGACAGUAUCGCCGUCUGUGGGCGCUACAGCUUCAAGGAGCAAUAGUAGAGACUCACCGACGCCCGAUUUAGGCCCGACAAAUAUGCCCAUGGAUUCGGCAAGUAUGGGCCCUAUAUUAGAUAAUAUAAAAACUGAACCGAAUUCUCCUUCGAAAUCGGAAAAAGUUCAUACGUCUGAGGCUAUGGAAGUGGACAUGCCUGUAAAAGAUAUAGAACUAGAUGACGAGAAUACAAUAUCUAAAGAAACGGAUUCAUUAUCAAAGGACGAAAUUCCAGAAUCUACGCCUGAAGUGACGACACCGACGAGGGCGAAGAAACGUUCCUCCAGAAUAAAUACUGUUACAACAACGGAUAAAACUACCGAGGGAAAGUUCAUGGAUCACUAUCUCCAGAAUCUUUCUUUCGGUUACAGCACACUGUUGUACGUAUUCCAAUACUUGAAAGUGCAGGACCUUCUGCGAGCUGGAUGUGUGUGCACGAUGUGGCGCGAUAUAGCCAGUCAUCCAUCGUUGUGGAGGACUGUCAGGAUGAAAAAUUCUCAGGUCCACAGCUUUGAAGGAUUGGCCAACACGCUAAAGAAGCACGGAACCAUCCACCUAGAUCUGCGGAAGAUGUUGCUUCCGUCCGGUGGCGAUGAAAUUUGGCCAGAAUUUUCUAAAGCAAUCGAAAAAGUGGAGACUCUUCGCAAAAUUGAGUUGUGCCGUUGUCCCGCCGCCGUGGUCGAACAAUUGGCAGUGUCUAAUCCGCAUUUAGAAGUUAUAAACGCGGUGACCAUAAAAUGUGAGAACAUGUCCCUCGAACCAUUUGCGUCUCUUAGAGCGAUUAAAGAACUCAAAUUAAAAUCAACAAGUGGUCUAACAUUGACUUCGAAUAUAGAUUCUCUUAAAGGCUUGAUUACUUUAAAAAAUUUGUCGUUAACCUCGAUAAGAGAUUUAAAAUCGUUGAAUCUUAGUGUCAUAGCUGAACUGAAAAACUUAGAAUCAUUAGAUUUAGGAGAGUGUAGUGAAUUUCCACAAAAUUUCGGUGAAGAAAUUUUAAUUAAACUAGAAAAAUUAGAAAAACUUAGAUUAGAGAAAGGACAAGGAAACUGUCACACUUUUGAAAUUUUAGAGGCAGUUAAGGACAUGAAGCACCUCGAGCAGUUAGAACUUGUCAACUUCGACAUUAAAACUGGUUUUGAUAAAGCUCUGGGUGCGUGUUCUAACAUUAAAAAGUUGUUGAUUAUACCCACGUAUAUUUCACAAAGUGCUACGACUAAUCACAUGGUUUUGGGAGGCGUACUACGUUUGCACAAAACACUGUCUCAUUUUGUAUGGGGCGUGACGUUGGAACUUCUGCGCGUGACAGAAUUGUUCGUUGACCAGUGUGAGGAACCAACUACCAAAGAAAAGAAGGAGAAAAAGGUGACUGGUAAUGGUGACAGUAUUCCAGUAUUGAAACCUGUGCCACUGAUUACUGAAGAUUGUGAGAUACCACCAGCUCAUGAUCCACCCCAGGUGGAAAUCCUUCCUUUACCGAACUUACAGAAGUUAUUACUGCAAAGUUUACCCACGACAAGAGUGAAAAUUCUUAAGAUACCUUUUCAUGCUACAUGGAGACAGAGCAUCACAGAUUCCGUUAAUUAGUGGAUAUAUUUAUGUUCUGUUUUAAAUUAAAGAGUUAUGUAAUAACAGUGUAGUGAUAGCUGUUAAAUGUGAAAUUACAAGAUUAUACCUUUUUGAAGCGACAUGUAAGGCUGCGGAUGCUUUAAUAAUUGUACCUAAAAGUAGAUGUAUAAUUAUAAAGAAAUAUGAACAGCUCUAAAAGAUAUCUUGUAUUUUCAUGUUGCAUUUUCAUCUUUUUAAAUUUUUGAUAGUUUAUUUUAAAAUGUAUAUUACACAUAUUCUUAUAUGUACCUUGUUUAGUUUAUUUUAACUAAGGUAAAGGAAUGUAAUUUUUCUCACAUUUUAAACAUUCUUUGAAAGAAUAAUUCAAUGUAUUUUCCUUUUUUUCAAAUUUGAGCUUUUUUGUUUGAUGAAAGUAAAUUAUUUCUAAUAAAAAUAUUUUUAAAUU